GCCAGGAUUUAUGACAUGGUGACUCAUGUACGCGAGAAGGCGAUUAUAAAUUCACGUUGCCACUGCCGUCGGAUGCCUGUAUCGUUAACUCAAGCUGACGAAAACGGUGUAGAUAGUACAGAGAGAUACACUAUGUUCAGUUUUUCGAUACUCUUAUCGGUAGCCACGUUACUGGCAUCCGUCGAAUGCCAACGUAUGACCGAAGUGGUGCAAACUGCCGACGGUCCCGUACGUGGCAGAAUCUUCGAAACGAUAUGGCACUCGAAACCGUUUUCCGCUUUCCAGGGAAUUCCUUACGGGAAACCGCCUGUCGGUCCUCUCAGAUUUAAGGAUCCGGUCAAAGUCGACUCAUGGACAGAAGUCUUAAACGCUACUGAGAAUUUUAAGUAUUGUCCUCAGUAUGUGGUCGCCAACUACGUUGGACAGGAAGAUUGUUUAUACUUGAAUGUAUUCUCGCCUGUGGUGAAUUUUGGUAACAUCACGAAGGACUAUCCGAAGAAGCCGGUGAUGUUUUGGAUUUACGGUGGCGAUUUUGCGACGGGAGCGGCGUUGCAGGAUUUCUACGCGCCCGACUUCUUUCUCGAAGACGACGUAGUGUUCGUAAGCCUCAACUACCGCCUCGACGUUCUAGGAUUCUUGGCUUUAGAUUUGCCAGGCGUGAAGGGUAAUAGUGGCCUCAAGGAUCAAGUUCUGGCGUUGAAAUGGGUACAAAGGAAUAUCGCCGCGUUCGGAGGCGAUCCGAAUCGCGUCACCAUAUUUGGAGAGAGCGCUGGUAGCGCCAGCGUCAGUUUUCACUUGUUGUCCUCGCAAGCGGAAGGUCUGUUUCAUCAGGCUAUCCUCGAAAGCGGCACUGCUAUCUGCCCGUGGGCGUACAACACUCGAAACAGGAUCAAGGCGAGCGCCUUCGCGUUAGCUGCCUCUCUGGGUUUUCACACAACGGAUCAACAAGAGCUUCUCAAUUUCUUGCAACGAACCAACCUCGACGAUCUUUUGUGGUCCGCGAGAGCCCAAUAUAUUCAGAUCUUUCCGUUAGUGAUUGGCACGUACAGACCAACGAUGUCGGACGACUACCUUGACGAUUGCCCGAUAAAGAAAAUUCAGAAAGGAAACAUUACCCGUGUGCCCUUGUUAAUGGGAUACAACAGGAACGAGGCUCGUUUCUUCGGGUUCCUUACCGACAUACCCGAGUUCACGAUAAGUAAUUUGUUGGAAAAACUAAUGAAUCUAGGCUCGCUGAACUUGGGCUCUCUAUUCGCAAGUGAGCUUGGCAAGCUCGAAGACCUGUCCGAAGCAGAGGUCUUAAAAUUUAUGACGUCAUUC